UUCUGCUUUGCAUCCCUGAAUAAUUAUAGAUUUGUGCAGCUUUCAACUCAUAAUUUCACUACAGGAUGUGUUUACUAUCAGACCGCUGGAAGCUUGAAACGCUCCUAAAGCCAGUUGAUUCUGAUGCGCAGCUGCGCGCACUCUUCCAAUGCGCAACAUUUAUUUAUUUAUUUAUUUAUUUUUAAUGACACCUUUCGUAAUGUAACUGAACAACAAUGUUUGAGCGUGUUUCUCGUGAUUACCUCCCUCGUUUAUUUGUCUUAUUGAAAACCAACUCACGUUCGCCAAUUUUUUAAGCCUUGCGCUUGCGCGUAACGGAACCGGGAGCUAUCCAAGUGCUGAAACGAGAGGAGAGAGAGGCGUUCCACUCCCAAUCCUCAACAGAGGAACGGGUCCUCCACCUGCGAGAAGAUUUCACUUCAUGAGUAACAAACACAGACCAAGCGGGGCUGUCUUCACUCAGAGCGAGCUGUGAGAUCUGUGCCAACAAGCAGAGAGCGGUUUUUCUUCUUUUCUCUGAGAGGGGGGAGUUUGUUUUAACCAUCUCGGCGUCUGUCCGCAGCACUGAUGUUUCUCCACACCUCCGCACCGAGAAAUCUGUUUUUGGGAGUUUCGUGAAACUAAACUAUGAUCCGUGGCUGCGUUGAGGAAUGUCACCUGUAUUUUUGUGUGACACAAGAACACCCAAACACCCACGACCUGGUCAGGAAGAAAGCGGCACCCCUAUUUGGAUUAUGUGUUUGACCAAUGUAAACAUACGGAAGAAAUAAUAAUAAUAAUAAUAUAUUUAAAAAAAAAAAAAAAAGUGAAGCACAUGGGAAAACCACCAGGAAUGAAUCGCUCCUUUAUUAAGGUUUUGGCAGCUUUAUUCACAUAUUUCAUGGAGACAAACAACUUCAGAGUUGUGCAUGCCAAGGAGCACGAUUCCAGAUCAUCCUCCAACAUGUCUCCAUCAGACUUUCUGGACUCACUCAUGGGUCGCACGUCUGGUUAUGAUGCACGAAUAAGACCGAAUUUUAAAGGUCCCCCCGUAAACGUUACAUGCAAUAUUUUUAUCAACAGUUUCGGCUCUGUCACAGAGACAACCAUGGAUUACAGAGUGAACAUCUUUCUGCGGCAGAAGUGGAAUGACCCUCGGCUGGCGUAUAGUAAAUACCCAGAUUCCUCCCUCGACCUGGAUCCGUCCAUGUUGGACUCCAUAUGGAAGCCCGACCUCUUCUUCGCCAACGAGAAAGGUGCCAACUUUCACGAUGUCACCACAGACAACAAGCUGCUGCGGAUCUUCAAGGACGGGACUGUCCUCUACAGUAUCAGGUUGACUCUCAUUCUGUCCUGCCCGAUGGAUCUGAAGAACUUUCCAAUGGACGUCCAAACUUGUACGAUGCAGCUGGAAAGUUUCGGCUACACCAUGAAUGACUUGAUCUUCGAGUGGCUGGAGAAUGGUGCAGUGCAGGUGUCAGAUGGGCUCACGCUGCCGCAGUUCAUCAUGAGGGAAGAGAAGGAGCUGGGCUACUGUACAAAACACUACAACACCGGUAAAUUCACAUGCAUAGAAGUUAAAUUCCAUCUGGAGCGACAGAUGGGAUACUACCUGAUCCAGAUGUACAUCCCUUCCCUCCUCAUCGUCAUCCUCUCGUGGGUGUCUUUUUGGAUCAACAUGGAUGCUGCUCCUGCCAGAGUGGCGCUGGGCAUCACCACUGUGCUUACCAUGACCACCCAAAGCUCCGGCUCCAGAGCUUCUCUUCCAAAGGUCUCUUACGUGAAAGCCAUUGAUAUCUGGAUGGCUGUGUGUCUGCUCUUUGUAUUUGCUGCAUUGCUAGAAUAUGCUGGGGUUAAUUUUGUCUCCAGGCAACAGAAAGAGUUUCUUCGCCUGAGGCGAAGACAAAGGAGGAAUCACAAGGAUGAAGACAUGCGUGAAGGCCGCUUUAAUUUUGCUGGCUACAAUAUGAGUCAGUGCCUGCCAACGAAGGAUGGCUCAGCUGUUAAGAACGCUGCCCCGGCUCCGAACCCUCAACCACCAAUCCCCAAGGACAUAGACACCAUGAGGAAGAAGUUUGUGGACAGAGCCAAGAGAAUAGACACUAUCUCCAGGGCCGCCUUUCCUUUGGCGUUUCUCAUCUUCAACGUCUUCUACUGGGUCACCUACAAGAUCAUCAGGCACGAGGACAUCCACAAAAAGUAGAGACUUGACAAAUGACAGUUUAAUUUUUUCAUUUCUCAGAUUGAGAAAUGCGUGUAAAGCACAGUGAGAUGAGGUGGAAGACCGUGCAUUGAGAGACACCACGGAUGAUGAUGGCGGUGUUCUUUCAGGGAUGAUGUGUAAUGUUCAUGCCUCAUACAGUAAUGCUCAUGUUCUGAUAACGUGAACAGCUCUUGAGACACAGAUGCUUUUUUUUUUGUCGUGCGUUGUACUGCUGCAUAAUAUUUCCUGACAUAUCUGGGGAAAUGGUUUUUAACUCAAGGCUUAGUAAAAUGCUGGAGAAGACGGACCAAAAUUAUUUUUUGAAUCAAUCCUGCCUUGACGUCAAACAAGGAACAAAGAAACAUUCCAUUUGGAUUUGUAACCGUAAGGUAGCUUAGUGAGACCCUUUGUGAUUGCAAAAAAAGGGUAUUUCUUAUCAAGGAUGUUUAGGACUGUUUUAUAUUGUACUAUGGUCAUGGCACUAUAUCUCUGUUUAUACAAACUAAAGCAGCAAAUGUAUAAAAUAUACAGGCAGAAAGCAGACACAGAUGCAUCCUCCGGACUUUAGGCAGCACAUGUCGCAGGCAUGACCGUCAACAAAGCAGAUGGAAAUCUGGAUUCUGGAAUUGGAUACUGCAUUUUUAUGAAAAAACCUGAGGCCUUAGAUAUCAGAGAUUUGGUGAGAUGAAGUGCUGUGCUUUGCUCUUUUUCUUCUCCUUUCCCUUUUCAAGCAUCUCCUCUUGUUUAGCGUUCGGUCUAGAGCCGAAUGCAUCUUCCUUGAUCUUCUUUCUUUUUUUUUACCUGUGGCCAGACAUCCAAAGGUACUUGUCGGUUUGCUUCCUUUAUCUCUUGAGUGUAUUAUACCGAAAUCAUAUUCAUAAAACAACUGAUGUCACUUAAAAUUAAUGUAAGUUUAUUCAGAUUAAAGUCACCAAAUUGUUCCUUUUCAUUCUAAAAUAAUUUGUUAAAUAAACUGUCAUAUAUUUCACGGGCUUAUAGGUUUAUAAAAAGUAUAUCGGCCAAUUUUGAGCAAGUGUAUAGGUAAGCCUACAAACUGUGAACAUGCACUGCAUUACUCAACGUUGUCAUAUGCCCAUAUCCACAUGAAUUCAUUUAUAUUCCAGGUAAAUACUCCAGGUAUCUUAGAUAUGGUUUUAGAGUCCGAGACUAUGUUUUUGUAGAGUUAGUCUGAUGAAAUAUUUAUUGUAAUAAUAGAGGAAAGGUUAUGUUUAUUAAAAGGACAAAAAAAAAA